AUGGCCGGAAGAUUCCCUUACUCCGAAAAAGGGAAAGGGAUAGCGUACGACAAAGAACCCUCUCUUCGAAAAAGAAUCCAAGCUCCGGAGCUUGACACGACGGACUUUGAAGAAGAAAAUUCUCUCACCCUAAUAGGAAGAGUAACAAACCCCCAUGAACAACGGAUCCGGGCUCUGAUUCCGUACUUCACAAACAGAUGGGAGCUGAAAGGAAACAUAGUAGGCUCAGACCUGGGAAACAACUGUUUCCAGUUCCGUUUCAGACUCAAAGAAGAUCUACAAAGAAUUCUGAACAAUAGACCAUACCAGUUCGCCAGAUGGAUGGUGGUGCUUCAGAAAUGGGAACCAGUUAUCUCUAACACGUUCCCAUCCCAAAUCCCGUUCUGCAUCCAACUCAAAGGAAUACCCCUCCACUACUGGAAGCCGAAGACUAUAUGUAACAUAGGAAAAGAGGUGGGAGAGCUCCUCAGGCACGAGAUAACAAAGACAGAGGUCAAGAUCUACGCCUCCAUAAACGUGUUGCUCCCGCUGGUGAAAGAAACGGUCCUGGAGUUUGCAUCGGGCGCUGAGGCCCUAGUCACCCUUGAGUACGAAAGACUUGGCAACCACUGCCGGAUCUGCAACCGCCUCUCGCACGCUGAAACUGACUGCCCGGAGAACGUAGAGAACACCAAUAAGACAGCCCACGCUGCUACCUACAACAACCCCAGUCAAGCACCAAAGACCACGGAGAGGGUCAGAUCUACGAACGAGGAAAUGUACCACAGAGAACAAAGAGGCCAAAGAGAGAGUUCUCAAAACUCCUACCAGAGAAGAGAUAGACAUGGGAACCAUAUAGGCGAAAGAUCUUUCUACAGCAAUGUACCAAAAGAGGUAUCCAGAGAGCGAUCUGGAGAAAGAAUCCAGUCCCCCUCCCCAAGACCAACGUACUCGGAUAGGAGAAACUACCAGGAAUAUACCUCCAGAGCGGCCCCACCGCAGUACACCAACGAGAGAAACCUUAGGGGUUCACAGGGAGAGAAUCAGCGAGGCUCUCGUUCCCAAAGUCAACUAAAUCAGAGAGAGGAAGCCUCAGGAAGAUUCCAAUGGAGAGAAGUAGGUCACAGAUCGAGAGGAGCCCAACUGGCACUUACAGAGAGAUCGGAGUCGUCAAGACCACGACGACAAGAGGUAGAGAGUGCGCAAAGAACCUCCCCAUCCCCAAUAAUUCAAGGCAUCCCUACAACAGAGGAGGUUAUGGAAGACUUGCAGGAUGUAACCAUCUGUUACGUCAACGUAGCUGAUCCUGUGGAAAGAGCAGCAAGAAGACAGAGGGUCAUGCAACCAGAGGACCAAGAGUUAAUGGAGACAACAGCAGCAAAUAUAGUAGCAGCGGCUACAGAAUCAUACUACCGAACUCUACAAUUUGACCAAGAAGAAGAGGUCGUAGUAAACGAAGCGCUGGUACCUGAGGAAACUGUGAUCCCAGAGACCCAACAGAUCAACACAAAGAAACGUAGGGGUAGGCCACCAAAGAGUAAAAGGAACAGCCCCAUGGUCGGGACUAGCAUCAGAGGAAGACGAUUCACGCAGGCAUCGCCGGGGAACAAGAAACGUCUAACUAAAACAGCUCCCACAAACGACGUGGGCCCAUCAAGACCGGCUGCUUCCCACCAAGCUCCAACACUCUCAAGUUCCAGUAGACAGGCACCUAUAGGCACAAUCAUUCCGGCCAUUUCAAAGGCAACGGGAAAUUUUCGGCCUCAGUCAAACCCUCUUCCUUAA